AUGCACAAUAUAAAACCCUCGUCUACGAAGAACCCAAAUGCACGCGGAGGCGAAGGCGCACCUGCCCUGCUGGGAAGCACAGCAGACACAGAGUUCCGUCCUCUACCGCAGGCAGCGUUGUACCCACCGCUGGAAGAGAAGUGCAAGGGAAGCCUCAGCCUUGACUGGCAGUGCAGGCGAGCGAGCAUUGCCAUCUUCACGGCCGGGAUGUUGUUCGGGUGCUGUAUCAGCUCCCCGGUGUCGGCCAACAUACGCUUAUACAGGACGGUACCCGACAUCCCGAAGUCUAUGUUCAAGAACCAUGCCUCGUUGAACGGCAACGUGGUUACCGUGUCGGACGGGGACAGUAUCCGGGUGAGGCAUAAGCCCAACAUACCCCUCCCUCUGCCCAAUCGAGACAUGACUGGCAAGAAGAACUCCGAGCAGACCUUGCAGAUCAGGCUCUACGCCGUAGACUGCCCCGAGGUGGCACACUUCGGUAACCCGGCUCAGCCGUUCAGCGCGGAAGCAAAGGCGUUUACCAAGGAAGCGUUGCAAGGGAAGCCGGUCAAGAUUAAGCUGUUGAGCAUGGACCAGUACAACAGGGCGGUUUGUAGGGUGCAGUAUGGGAAGUGGCCUUUCCGGAAGGAUAUCUCUGCGGAAUUGCUCAAGAACGGCCUCGGGGUCGUGUACAGACAGGGAGGGGCUGAGUACGACAGUCGAGAAGAAAGUCUGACGGAGUAUGAAAAGUCGGCCAAGAGUCGGAAGGAGGGUGUGUGGUCGCGAUCCAACGGGGAAACACCCGCGCAGUACAAGGCGAGGAUUAAGCAACAGCGGCCGGCGGCGGCCUGAAGACGGAGGAAAAUAAACUCGUAAUCGUGUGCGUGCCGCUGUGUGUUGGAAGAAGUGAAUUGAGCAAAAUUUACCGCCGUUGACGCGGCGCGUGUAAUUUUCCUGAUGAAUCCUCCCCCGGCCCCUCUGUGCUUCGGGCGUGAUCAACGGUGAGCAUUGGUUGACGCAAUGCGUUUGGUUUUCAUGCAGCCCGCGCGUUCGGUGAGGUUGGUGUUGUUAGACUAUUGUAGACCCGACGUGAGCGUGCCAAUGGCCUCUAGUUUUGAGUUCACCGCAUGUCUGCACCAUCCGGACUACUUCUCGCGGCGCCUGUGCUGAUCCACGAGUAUUUCGGUCGAGACAACGGGUGGGGAUUCAUUUUUUGGAGUCUGCAUCUGGAGGCAACAGUAUAUGAAAUGCCCUCCGUUGUGCACAGGCAAGCGUCCUGAGGCGUGCUGUCGUCUUCUCUCGUGCUUGUUUUUCGUUGAACAUUCUUUGUGGGAUUGAAGCUUUCGUGUGCCUAGAGAUGGGUUAUUUGCCCACGCGGACUGGGUUGUUUUUUAGCGAAUUAACCGGGCGGUUUUACUUGUAUUCUGCCGUACGACGAGACGACGAGAAGGCGCAGGUGCUCUCCAGGAACACGGCGAACCGACCGGCGUAGUUUGGUACUAUCCUCGAAGUCGCCUCGACCAACAGCAUGUCAAAGCGCAGCUCCAAGGGAUGAUGGAGCAACUGAGUGAGAGUAUUCGCCACUUACAGGGGCAAGUACUUGAAA